GUGUUUUCUCGUCUCUCAACCAUGCAUGCUAUCACACACACAAAUUUACGACCAUGACCACACAACAGCAACAACAGCAACAACAACACCGGCGUAGAGUAAUCACUGAAGAAGAGUACACAUCCACAUUAUCAAAGAUAAUCCAACGUGAUUAUUUCAGCGACCUUCCCGAGUUGCAGAAAAAGGCAGCCGUUCUGAAUGGAAGCUUCAUUGCCGCUGCCGAUGGUAGCGACGAGUUGCAACGGGGUGAAGACGGUUUACCCAUCAACGAAAUCGCAUGUGGUAGCACUACGCAACCUUCAAAAAGGCAGACUGUCACAGAAUUUCAUAAUCGCGUAACCAGUGAAGACAAUGCCGAAUUUGAGCGCAAUCAAAAAGAAGAAAUCAAGGCUUACCGAGAAAAACUAGAAGAACUGUUUCGACCAAACCAAUUCUUGCUUUUGGAAGGAAGCAGUAACGACGGUGUAGACGACAAUCAGAAGCUGCUUCCUCCCCCACCUGGAUCUUUAGCUUUGUCUGACGAGACCAAGCAGCACCCGCUAUCAAACAAUGGUCUCUUUGGAUUACCAGCUCCUACAUUUAGUUCUGGAAACGCUACAAUGAGAAGUGGAAAUAGCUUGCCAAUUUGCUCCGACGAGCAAGAGAGCCGCCAGUUGAUGCCACCUCCACCCAAGAAACAAAAGGUUCAUUCUGCAGUUGUCGAUGUUUCCAAUAAGGAAAAGAGAAUUGUGCCGUCGCAAACGAGGUUUGCUCCUGUAACAACCAGCAUACAAAGGCAAUCAACAAAUCCCUUCCGUUCGUCUGUGCUUUCUAGAAGAAGGCAGUCGCUGGAAUCUGAUUCAGCCUACUCGACCGAUGCAAGCACCGAUAUCGAUUCUGAAAGUGUCAGCAUUGCAGCGGGACGGAAACAGCAUCUAAUGCGGAAAAGGAGGGAAGCUCACACUCUUGUGAACACGACACCACUUCUCACACCAGGGACAAUAACUCAGUCAGACGACGUUGGAAAAUCUGAUCGAGGCAAACACUUUCGAAUCAUCACGUUUGGUACAGUGGCGGGUGAACCUGUCGAGGUUCAGUCUUUGGAAAGAAGCAAUGCCAUGUCAACAGAACCUGCGUCUGGCUUUGUUUUUGCGAAGUAUGACGGAGCUAGGGCAGACGAAGCACAGAGAUUGAUGGAGCACAGAAUUGCGAGAGGUAAAGUGGGAAGCGCCGACUCUGUUACAUCCAGCUCCAGCUCUACGAGAGUAAGCAGAAGUAGCAGUCGCAAAUCAAAGGGGAGCUCGCAUCGGAAACGAAUGGCUACAUCUCACCUGUCUAGCCGAGGAAAGCGCGAUCUUUCUUCUUUCAGCCCAGCUGCUGUAUCUUUGCUUUCCCGAACGUCAAAGGGCCGCAUCAAGACUCGAACGACUUGGUGAUGGCAACUAUUCUUCUACUUCAACAAUGACACGGCACUGCUUUCCGCUUUAGUUUGUCUUUGUCUUAAUCUGGUUUCAAUCAUGUCCUCGUGCAAAUU